AUGACUUCGAGGCUGGUGUCCUCACGGCUCGCCUCGGCCUCAAGGACCACCACAGCGCAUGCAAGAGCCACGCCGCGACAGAAUGUAGCCUCGCUGUACCAGAGCAGCACACUUGCUGCCAAACGUUCGAUAUCUCACGCCGCGCUCUCGGGCUCAUCAAAUGUAGUGCGGAGAUGGAGUCUGAGGAGGUCUUGGCCAGUCGGCGCCAAUGCGAUUCACCAUCUGCCUGCAGUACGACAUGCUUCCUUUGCGAGGGUUAUACCAAAACUAGCGAUGAAGCUCGCGCGAAUACCAGCCAUGUUCGGCGCAGCAAUGAUUGGGGGCGUGGCGUAUCUGCAGUACCAGGCUGCGCAAGGAGCAACAUACGCAAUGGACAUGUUCGGCAGGGCAAAGGACUCGGCAAUGGCUACUGCGAAUGGUGUGCUGGACGGUUUGGGAGGAGUCUUCGCACAAAUGGGCAAGGGCGUUGAUAAGACGCAAGAAGACAUCAAGGGCAUACAGAUGCCAGAGUGGAUGAGAGAUAUCUACGAAGGCAGGACAGGCAAAGAAAGUGGAGGCGACGGCGGCAGCGGAGGCCCGAAUGAGCCCAAGGAAAGUAGUGUUGGCGGUGUCGCAGCCGGCGCUGGUGCUGCUACCGUAGGAGCUUUCGCGUUGGACUCUGAAGGCGAAGAAGAUGAUCGCUCAAGAGACGAGGCCGCGAGAGAUGAUCAGAUGAUGAUGCUCACCCGGAAGAUGAUUGAGAUCCGGUCGCUGCUACAGACAAUAGGACAAUCCGAGAGUCUUACUCUACCAUCGCUCGUUGUCAUUGGGUCGCAGUCAUCGGGGAAGAGUUCUGUGCUGGAGGCAGUAGUUGGACAUGAGUUCCUGCCCAAGGGCUCGAACAUGGUCACCAGGCGACCGAUCGAACUGACUCUGGUCAACACACCCAAAGCACACGCGGAGUAUGGCGAGUUUCCAGCUCUAGGCCUGGGGAGGAUCACAGACUUCAGCCAAAUACAAAAGACUCUGACCGACCUCAACUUGGCAGUCCCAGAGAAGGAGUGCGUAUCAGAUGAUCCCAUCCAGCUUCGAAUCUACUCCCCGAAUGUGCCUGAUCUGUCCUUGAUCGAUCUCCCUGGCUACAUUCAAGUCGAAGCCUUCGACCAGCCCACCGAGCUCCGGACAAAGAUUCAAGACCUUUGCGACAAGUACAUUCAGCCACCAAACGUAAUUCUUGCUAUAUCGGCAGCCGAUGUUGAUCUUGCCAACUCCACAGCAUUGCGCGCAGCACGAAGAAUAGAUCCAAGGGGCGAGCGAACAAUUGGAGUUGUCACCAAGAUGGAUCUUGUCGACCCUGCUCGUGGGGCGCAAAUUUUGAAUGACAAGAAUUAUCCGCUUAGGCUUGGGUAUGUCGGCGUUGUUUGCAAGGUGCCUCAAGAGAGCAAGUCCUUGUUCUCAAGAGGAUCGCAGAACAUCACGAAUGUGAUCACCAGAAACGAGUCGGCAUUCUUCAACUCACAUCCGGAAGCAUUCGGGCCUGAUGCUAAAGCUCCGGUGACAGUGGGCACUCCGGCCCUGCGCAAAAAGCUCAUGCACGUCCUGGAGUCAACAAUGUCUGCCUCGCUGAAGAAGACGAGCGAGGCGAUCCACCACGAGCUUGCCGAGGCCUCAUACGAGUUCAAAGUACAAUACAACGAGCGUCCAUUGACUGCUGAAAGCUAUCUCGCAGAAUCGCUGGACGCCUUCAAACACGGCUUCAAAAAGGUGUCUGAGUCAUUCGGACGGCAAGAGGUUCGAGAGAUUGUGAAGCACGAGCUCGACCAGCAAGUUCUCAAUCUGCUCGCACAGCGAUAUUGGAAUCGUCCUGUUGAGGAUCUACGGCCGAGAGAUCAAACAUCAGAGGCUCUGCAGGAGCCACUCGAGAGCCUGCCAAAAGCAGACCCAGAAAAUCCUCUCUGGCAUCUCAAGCUUGACGCCUCGACCUCUGCCCUCACAAAACUUGGCAUUGGCCGCCUGGCAACGAGUGUGACGGCGCAAGCUCUGCACUCCGCCGUCCAAGACCUCAUCCAGAAUACGCCCUUCGCAUCGCAUCCUUUUGCUGUCCAGGCUAUUUCUACUGCUUCCGAGAACAUCUUGAAAGAUCUCAGCUACGAGACAUCGGAUGAAUUGGAAAUCUGCGUCAAGCCCUACAAAUACCGUGUCGAGGUGUCAGAAUCGGAGUGGAGGCAAGGGCGAGAAAACAUUGCCAAAGUGCUGAAAGAUGAGCUUCGCGAUUGCGAGAAGGCGUUCACAGCGGUGGAAGAGCAGAUCGGCGGCAGAAGAAAAGCCAAGGAUGUGGUGUCCUUCAUCGAGCGCGUCAGGAAAGGCGAAACGGUGCUUGAAGGCAACGGUGUCGGGGGAGCAGGCGGCUUCUCUUCUGCACUUCUCGAGAAGGGCAAAGAAGCGCUCUUCCUGCAGGAGCGUGCAGGCAUUAUUCGAAUGCGGCUUGCGGCGAUCAAGAGUAAGCAAUGCGCUGUGCCGAAGAACAAAUACUACUGCCCCGAGGUGUUCCUUGACGCCGUGGCGGAGAAGCUCACCUCGACUGCGGAUCUCUUCUUGGAUGCCGAGCUUUUGAGCAAAUUUUACUAUCAAUUCCCACGUGUGCUCGAGAAGUGGGGUCGUGAGUUGGAUGAAAGCACAAUAGAACGCUUCGCAAGAGAAGACGCAAAGAUCCGAAGACACCUGGAUGUGGUCAAGCGGAAAGAGCUUUUGGAGCAUGUGCUCAAAGAGAUGGACAGCCUCCGGCAACUCGAGGCAAGAGAGAAGAGGAAGUCUACGAGAGGGACCCAGACAGAAGAGAAGAGGAGAAGAGGCUGGCUAUUCUAGAGUGCGGCAGCGUCACAGCGGAGCGUGUACAAACAUGAGGGCGGUUUGAUUUGGAUGCAUGGCCCACGACAACCCAUUGAGGUUUGUUCGGCGCGGCGCGGCGCGGCGCGGCGCGGCGCAGUGGAGAAUGAUAGCAUGAACGACGUGACUGCGUAUGUAUGUUGAUAUCCCGCUCAAUGAGUGCCAAGACCUUUUCGAUCUUGAGGACUGG